AUGAGCGAUUCAGAGCCAAGGAACAAGCGGCCGCAUCGGUUUGCAGAUGAAUUUGGCCGGUUUUACCCUGACCUGCAAGCUCCGGCCGAAUUGCAAGCCGUUUGCGCGCUCUGCACGGAACUCCUCCCAUCAGACCCGCUGCACGCUCUGGAUGCAUUGGACAUUGAAUUGUUGGGCAUGUAUCGGCUACUCCUUGGUUCUGAUGCACCGGGACAACUCCACGCCAACACUGAGGCCCUGCUUCAACUGGCGGCUGAAGAUGCCGACUCGGACGACGAGGAUGAAGAUGCCGAUGCUGACGAACAAGUGGCAGCCGCCCAAGGCCCAAAAGACGCUGCGCGUGGCUUGGCACCCUACAUGCUUGACCGACGCUUGCAUGAUGUCCCAGAGGUCUUCCCCAUCGCCCGCCGCCGAGGCCAGCCGCAGGAGCACUGGUGCUACUUUUAUCCCGACCCGACCGCAGCGCCUGUGGGUGUCGUUUUCAUCGACGAUUCACAGAGCGGUACCUUUAGUCCUGCUGGAGACUCGCUCCUUGCUCUCUUGGUGGCCGAGGCUGGUAAGCUACCCGAUCAGAAGUCUUUUGUGCCAAAGCUCAAAGCUUGCGCCGACCAAGGACACAUCUCGCUACAUCCCUCCAAGGCAUGGCGCCAACACCAAGCCACGCACAAACUGGCCAAGACCUGGAACAAGCUGGGUAUCUGCGUUCCAUACAACCCAGAAACAGAGAUUGGGUAUCGCGAGCUCACCGUGACAAAGCCACAAUUACGCAAGAUGCUGCAGACUCUGAUCGAUGCCGAUGGCUCUGCUCAACCCUCGUCUCAAUCUGACGUGCUCGUGCAGGAGCGGGGAGUGGACUGUGAUUACCGAGACUUUGACAAGCUGUUGCAAUACGCCAACAUUAGCAAUGAUGAAAUGGAUUUUGGCCAAGGCCUUGAAUUGGGUGAGCGCGUCAAUUCAAGUCCGGCAGUAUCUCACACCACCCCGUUGCUGUGCAAAAACUACCAAGCUGCCGUUUCGCUUGUCAUGUGCUGUCAAAGGUACUCACGCGGUAACAACAACCCGAUGGCGCGCGGCGCCCGUACCGGGGGUGCCAUGGCGUAUGGCAGGCCAAGAAUUGCUCUUUUUUCACCCCACGCGCUUCACGCGAGACGCCGGCAAGCUCCUCGCGCCAACUUAUGA